UGUAAUAUCUCCUCUGUACUCACGGUGUCACUAUAGACCAAUGGAGUCGAAUAUUUAGCCUGUUUUGCACACCGACCAUUAUAGGGAUCGACCAUCCGUCUGUUCUUCACAGCCUUCAACAAAGACGACAACUGCUCGACAGGCAGAUACAGUGACAGAAUAGCGUGUUUAUUGUGAUUGGAACUAUACAGUUCUAUUUUACGUUGUGCCAUUUAAGAUGAUGCACAAACGGUGCAUUAUUCAAAGCUGCGGCUUUGUCUUUUUCUUUGUUAUGGUGCAGUACGUAGACGGAGACCUGAGCUAUUCGGUACAGGAGGAGCUGAAGCGUGGAUCUGUUAUUGGAAAUAUAGCUAAGGAUCUCGGACUGGAAGUGGGAAGACUGUCUGCUCGCAAAGCUCGUGUUGACAUGGAGGGAAACGAAAGAGAGUAUUGUGUAAUUAAUCCUCGAAGCGGGGAUUUAUUGGUCGCGGAAAGAAUAGACAGAGAGGAGCAUUGUGGAGAAAAGCCUUCGUGCGUUCUGAAAUUCGACUUGCUCUUGGAGAAUCCUUUGGAGUUACACCGGUUGUCUCUGCAGGUGCAGGACGUGAACGACAAUGCACCAAUUUUCCCGAAGGAAACUGUAAAGCUGGAAAUACACGAGUCAGCUGUCAGAGGAGCUAAGUAUCGCAUUAACGCAGCUCACGAUGCAGACAUAGGCAAGAAUUCAGUUGAAAGCUACAUUUUGGACCAAAACCCUCACUUUGUGUUUAGUAUUCAGACGACAAGUGCAGGCAGUAAAUAUGGUGAAUUGGUUUUAAAUAAGGAGCUAGACCGAGAGCAGCAGCAGGAAAUGAAAUUAUUGCUCACGGCUGUGGAUGGUGGCUCUCCUCAGAGAUCCGGGACUGUAGCGAUACACGUCAUUGUACUAGAUGCUAAUGAUAACGCCCCGGUGUUUACUGAGGCCGUUUAUACAGCCACAUUACCAGAAAACUCGCAUCUGAAAACGAAAAUUAUCACCGUAAGUGCAUCAGACGCAGACGAAGGUGUCAAUGGAGAGGUUACAUAUGAAUUUAGCCGACUCUCUGAUAAAUCAAAAAAGAUGUUUUCACUGGAUGAGAAAACGGGAGAAAUCAGUGUGACAGGCGAGAUAGAUUAUGAAGACGGAUCCAAAUAUGAAGUGUUUGUCGAGGCUAAAGAUGGUUAUGGGCUGUCUUCAGAAGCCAAAGUGAUUAUUGAUAUUACUGAUGUGAAUGACAAUGCUCCAGUUAUUUAUCUAAAGUCACUGACCAACCCGAUUCCCGAGAACGCGUCACCUGGUUCAGAGGUGGGCAUUGUUAACGUGCAGGACAGAGAUUCUGAGAAUAACAGACAGGUUCGCUGCUCGAUUCAGCAAAAUGUCCCUUUUAAGUUAGUUCCUUCGAUUAAAAACUAUUAUUCUCUGGUGACCACAGGACAACUGGACCGUGAACUCGUGUCAGAUUACAACAUUACAAUCACUGCCACUGACGAGGGUUCUCCACCUCUGUCCUCCUCUAAAACCGUUCAGUUAUCGGUAGCUGACAUCAACGACAACCCACCUGUGUUUGAGGAACAGUCCUACAGCGCAUAUGUGACUGAAAAUAACAAACCUGGCUCCACGUUAUGUUCCGUUACUGCUCGAGACCCCGACUGGAGACAAAACGGUACAGUGGUUUAUUCUCUGUUACCUGGUGAGGUGAACGGUGCCCAGGUGUCUUCCUAUCUAUCAGUUAACGGAGACACGGGGGUGAUUCACGCUGUGAGGUCGUUUGAUUAUGAACAGUUCAGGAGCUUUAAAGUCCACGUGAUGGCCAGAGACAACGGUUCUCCUCCGCUCAGCAGCAACGUGACCGUCAGCGUCUUCAUAUCGGAUGUGAACGACAACUCUCCUCAGAUACUGUACCCCGCCCCGGAGGGCAACUCCUUCAUGACCGAGCUGGUCCCCAAAGCUGCACACGGAGGCUCUCUGGUGUCCAAAGUGAUCGCGGUGGACGCGGACUCCGGACAGAACGCCUGGCUGUCCUAUCAAAUAGUCAAAUCCACUGAUCCGGGACUUUUCACUAUUGGUGUCCACAGCGGAGAGAUCAGGACACAGAGGGACAUUUCUGAAUCUGACAGCAUGAAACAGAACCUUAUUGUGGCGGUGAAAGAUAACGGACAGCCCUCUCUGUCUGCCACCUGUUCCAUGUAUUUACUUAUUUCUGAUAACUUGGCUGAGGUGCCAGAGCUGAAGGACAUUUCUUAUGAUGAGAAGAAUUCAAAACUGACCUCCUACCUGAUCAUAGCGCUGGUCUCUGUCUCCACCUUUUUCCUGACCUUCAUCAUCAUCAUCCUGGGUGUGAGGUUUUGUCGCAGGAGAAAGCCCAGAAUGUUGUUUGACGGAGCUGUCGCCAUCCCCAGCGCUUAUCUCCCUCCUAAUUACGCAGAUGUUGACGGCACAGGAACUUUACGCAGCACUUACAAUUAUGACGCCUACCUGACAACAGGUUCAAGAACCAGUGACUUUAAGUUCGUGACGUCUUACAAUGACAACACACUGCCUGCUGACCAGACUCUGAGGAAAAGUCCCUCUGACUUUGCUGAUGCAUUUGGAGACUGUGAUUCUUCUCCUGAGGUAAGACCGGCUGUCAUAUUCUGCUAA